AUGGCUGUAACAAACGACCAGCCUCACAAUCGUGCAGCAGAUCAAAAAGAGGAGAAGAACAGGGCCAUAGAGGCAGAUGCUGGGGAGGAAAACAAGAUGGCCGAGAAGGAACCCAGGAAAGCUCGACUUGAGCAUAAUCGGCGACUUCUUACUCGGGCCAAGUUUGUGGCAACUGAAGUUGAAGCAAUUGUUCUUGGUACAUCUGCUACCACUGAGACUAUGAGCACGACGAGUCCAGAAGCCGAAAGCAUCACUAGCGUGCACUCUGAAGGAGAUAAAACCGGCGAUGUCCCGGAGACCAAUCCAUGUACGUAUUUGAUGAACAUCGAGGGUCCAGAGGCAAAGAACAGUAAUGAUGACGAGGAGCAUAAAGUUGAAGCAGGAGGAGCAAACCCUCCCAAGGCAGAGAAUAAGAAGGCGUCAGAGGAACCAGAAACUGAUGAAGAAAGUGGAUCUGAUGACGAAAGUGAUGAGUCUGAGAAGAAGCAAGACGUAGAGGCGGAGAGAGCUGAAGAAGCUGCAAGUACAACUGAAGAAAAAUGUGAUGAAAGCAGGUUUGGUGCUGAACGUUGGUGGGUGGAGGAGCAACACUUGGAGGCCAAAAGAGUUGAAGAAACCCCGGUAGUUGGGAAGAAAAGAGAGAAGAGGAAAAGGAAGAAGAAAAGCAAGGCAGAAGAACCCUUCGUAAGCUAUCCAUCAUUCGGAGUUGUUUCGUUGGCGUUGGUUUCCAGCAUUCUGAUUUAUAUAGCUUUUUCUGAUGAUCUGAUUUAUAUAGCUUUAAGCAAGCUCCUUAUUAAGAAUUGGAAGCUCUAA